UUGAAUAAAAAAUAAAAUAUGGCAACUAAUUGGACCAAGUGACUUGUAGUUAUGCUCAUAGUUGAGAUGGCAGCUUGUGAAUUUGGGCAUAUACAAUUUUUAGAUGUUGAUCCAACCUUGAACAGUUUAGUUGCAAAAUUUGAAAGAAAUAAUAAGAUUAUUAUGUCAAUAAUUCAAGCGAUGAAGCUUAUAAGAGAUAACUUUGUGAAUUAUAAUAUUGAUGUUAUCAACAUCGUUAACCUUUGAAACAUAAUUCUGGAUUUGGUUUUAAGAAUAUUCUAUUGAGACUCCCUGAGCUGAAUAACUCCUGCAGCCGCUAUUUACAGAUUUUUCCGUGAAUUCAGAAACUUCAGCAAAGAAAUUGUCAUAGAGUUUCUUUAUGGCUAUAGAACCCUAAUUGCCUUAUAUUUUAGGAAAGAAGCUGGCAUUAUUACCAAGAUUAUUGAAGAUAAAGGUUUUGAGACUUUUACACAGAAUUCGACCUGCAUUCGUAUGAGAAUUGGGAAGUACUUCAUGCCAACAUUUGAAGGCAAUGACACUUCAGAUUGCUCGGAAAUUGAUGGGAUCAUUAGAAAUUUCUCUGAACAGCCAGUGGAUCCGAGAAUCGACUGCUUACUCUUCUUUAGAACGCUCAUAGUAUUUAUUGCUCUUGUCUGUGCUAAUUAUUUUUGCUUUCCACUUCUUUCAGAGGAAUGGGAGAAAAGCAAAAUACUAUAUUCUCAGCCUUUGGUAGAAAUGCUUUCAGAUCGAAGAAAUGCGAGUUCUUCAAAUUUUUCUCAACUUUCAGAGGAAGAAAAUCAAAUAAUUUCGGAGUCAAAUAGCUUUUCUUACGAAGAAGAAGAUUCUUUAGUCGGUCCCAACCCUGCUGAUAUCUCUUCAGAAAGAGAGAUAUUUUCUUCUUCUCAUUCUUAGUUGAGCACAUCUGAUUUGAAGAGAGUUCAAAUUUGGCCGAUUAAAUUUUAUUUCUAUGUUUCAAUG